AUGCGACAAUUGUUCCCGCUACUUGUUCCCGCUACGUGUUCCCGCUACUUGUUCCUGUGCGACGAUUGUUCCCGCUACUUGUUCCUGUGUGACGAUUGUUCCCGCUACUUGUUCCUGUGCGACGAUUGUUCCCGCUACUUGUUCCUGUGCGACGAUUGUUCCCACUACUUGUUCCUGUGCGACGAUUGUUCCCACUACUUGUUCCCGUGCGACGAUUGUUCCCGCUACUUGUUCCUGUGCGACAAUUGUUCCCGUGCGACGAUUGUUCCCGUGCGACGAUUGUUCCCGCUACUUGUUCCCGCUACUUGUUCCCGCUACGUGUUCCCGCUACUUGUUCCUAACAACAACGACAACGACGACGCCUCCACCUUUGGGCCCUUCCACACACCCUUCUCCCCCGUGCCACCCCCAGCUCUCCGCUGCGUGUGCCUGCGCUGCGCCCGCACCAACUACACCUGCGACACGGACGGCCUGUGCCUCGCCUCGGCCACGCGUCUGGAGAACGGCUCCGUGGUGCACGAGCGAGUGUGCGUCUCGCUGCGCAACCUGCAGCCUCCGCACCGCCCCUUCUUCUGCCUGCGCUCCGUGCAGUUCUACGAGACGCUCUGCUGCGACACGGACUUCUGCAACAGCGUGGACAUCGCCCCGCCCGCCAGCAGCGGCCUGCCGCUGCUGGUGCAGCGCACCAUCGCGCGCACCAUCGUGCUGCAGGAGGCCAUCGGCAAGGGCCGCUUCGGCGAGGUGUGGCGCGGCGUGUGGAGCGGGGAGCACGUGGCCGUCAAGAUCUUCUCGUCCAGGGACGAGCGCUCGUGGUUCCGCGAGACGGAGAUCUACCAGACCAUGAUGCUGCGCCACGAGCACAUCCUGGGAUUCAUCGCCGCCGACAACAAAGACAACGGCACGUGGACGCAGCUGUGGCUCGUGUCCGACUACCACGAGCUGGGCUCCCUGUUCGACUUCCUGAACCGCACCACGGUGACCGAGAGGGAGGUCAUCACGCUCGCCCAGUCCGCAGCCAGCGGCCUGGCGCACCUGCACAUGGAGAUCGUGGGCACGCAGGGGAAGCCGGCGAUCGCGCACCGUGACCUCAAGUCCAAGAACAUUCUGGUGAAGCGCAACCGCACGUGCUGCAUUGCGGACCUGGGCCUCGCCGUGCGCCACGACUCCGCCUCGGACUCCAUCGACAUCGCGCCCAGCAGCCGCACGGGCACCAAGCGGUACAUGGCCCCCGAGGUGCUCGCCGACUCCAUCAACACGUGGCACUUCGACUCGUUCAAGCGCGCGGAUAUUUACGCUCUGGGGCUCGUCUUCUGGGAGAUGGCGCGGCGCUGCUCCAGUGGGGGUGAGGGCACCGUGGUGCAAACCUGCCCAGCGUCACUCCCAGCACCCCCAACCCAACUCUCCCAACCCCGACCCCGAGUCACCCCACCUCCCAGCUCUCAUGGCUUGGUCGCUGAUUCUCGAUCCCUGCUCUCUCAUCCCCACAACCCGAUUCCUGCCCGUGUUUUUAAAAUCCCCGAUCCAUUAUCCCUGGUUCCCUUUUGCUAAUUUCUGAUCCGUCGUGAAUGAUAGUUGGCUACGUGAAAGAAGUUCAACACACACACGUGACCCCCAACACAAUAUUCCUAAUCUCCAAUCUCUCUCUAUCUCUACCUUUCGCCCUUGGGUCUCAU